GACAGAGCACCGACACCGAGCUUGGGGGAGGUUGGACCGCGUGCCGCAGAUGCAAAUGGAGUUCUGCUUCGUGCUUUCGUCACAGCUUAAUGUACUUCGCUUCAGGGAAAGGGACGUGCAGUGCCAACAGCAAGACCUUCAAAUCCGUUUGGCUCUGGGUCUACAGCCUCAACCCUCCUCCGCCCAAGGGCAACUGGAAGCUCGCGCUGAAGGUUGGCAAGACAGCGACGCUGGGCUUCUCCAACGCGCUUUGGACCAACAGCGAUCUCCUCAAUGCAGGCUCUGCGUUGGCCAAAGAGGAGGAUGCCAAGUACAGCGCUUUCAACACCGAGCCCUUUAAGAGGGUUCGCAUGUGCGUCGGAAGCCCGGAAUCCAAUUGCGUGGAGCACGUCUUCUCGAAGAAGUACGACAACGCGAAGGCCCUUUUCAGCGCCGGGUACAUUCGAGACGAAACCGUGAAGCGGGACGAGAUUCUCAGUAACUUCGGCCCUGCGAAAGACUCCUACCAGGACUGUCCCAUGCAGAGGCCGGGCUUCAACAUCGAGUGCAACGAUGGCAACAAGGCUCGUUGGGGCUUCUGCCUCAACUGCGCCAGCCAGGGUUGCCAGAAUGACGACGGCAACGACGCCGACGCAGCCAUCGGCAUCGGCAUCGCAGGACAGAGCACCGACACCGAGCUGGGAGGAGGUUGGACCGC